AUGCAGACGAUAAAGUGUGUAGUUGUAGGCGAUGGUGCUGUGGGCAAGACCUGCCUCCUCAUUUCAUAUACAACAAACAAGUUUCCUUCAGAAUAUGUCCCAACGGUCUUUGACAACUAUGCAGUGACAGUCAUGAUCGGAGAGGAUCCCUACACGCUGGGUCUCUUUGACACGGCAGGUCAGGAGGAUUACGACCGGCUACGGCCGUUGUCGUACCCGCAGACGGAUGUCUUCCUCGUUUGCUUCAGCGUCACGUCGCCAGCUUCGUUUGAAAACGUCAAGGAAAAAUGGUUCCCCGAGGUCCAUCACCACUGCCCUGGCGUACCUUGCCUCAUCGUCGGAACUCAAGUUGACCUGCGCGACGAUCCCGCUGUGACGGAGAAGCUGGCCAGGCAGAAGCAGCGACCAGUCAGUUCCGAGGCUGGUGAGCGUUUGGCGAGAGAGCUGGGUGCCGUCAAGUACGUCGAGUGCUCGGCACUUACUCAGCGAGGACUCAAGAAUGUCUUUGAUGAGGCCAUCGUCGCAGCGCUGGAGCCUCCAGUGGUGCGGAAAAAGUCGAAGUGCGCCAUCCUCUAA